AGAGAAGAGGAAGUGGUAGCUAGCUAGCAGAGGCAGGCAGGCGGUGGAGGCCGCAAGGGCGCGCGGGCUGACCCGGGAAGGCAGCAGCCAUGGAGCUGUGGCGCCAGUGUACCCACUGGCUGAUCCAGUGCCGGGUGCUGCCGCCCAGCCACCGUGUGACCUGGGACGGGGCCCAGGUGUGCGAGCUGGCACAGGCCCUCCGGGAUGGCGUCCUUCUGUGCCAGUUGCUCAACAAUCUGCUGCCCCAUGCCAUCAACCUGCGUGAGGUCAACCUGCGCCCCCAGAUGUCCCAGUUCCUGUGCCUUAAAAACAUCCGUACCUUCUUGUCUACCUGCUGCGAGAAGUUUGGCCUCAAGCGGAGUGAACUUUUUGAGGCCUUUGACCUCUUUGAUGUGCAGGAUUUUGGGAAGGUCAUCUACACCCUGUCUGCUCUGUCCUGGACCCCGAUUGCCCAGAAUAAGGGGAUCAUGCCCUUCCCCACUGAGGAGGAGAGUGUGGGUGAUGAAGACAUCUACAGCGGCCUGUCUGACCAGAUUGACGACACGGUGGAGGAGGAUGAGGACCUGUACGACUGCGUGGAGAACGAGGAGGCGGAGGGUGACGAGAUCUAUGAAGACCUCAUGCGCACGGAGCCCAUGCCCAUGCCGCCCAAGAUGACAGAGUAUGACAAACGGUGCUGCUGCUUGCGGGAGAUCCAGCAGACGGAGGAGAAGUAUACGGACACGCUAGGCUCCAUCCAACAGCACUUCAUGAAGCCCCUGCAGCGGUUCCUCAAACCUCAAGACAUUGAGAUCAUCUUCAUCAACAUCGAGGACCUGCUUCGCGUACACACUCACUUCCUAAAGGAGAUGAAGGAAGCCCUGGCCGCCCCAGGCGCACCCACUCUCUACCAGGUCUUCAUCAAAUACAAGGAGAGGUUCCUCCUCUAUGGCCGCUACUGCAGCCAGGUGGAGUCGGCCAGCAAGCACCUGGACCGUGUGGCUGCAGCCCGGGAGGAUGUGCAGAUGAAGCUGGAGGAAUGUUCUCAGCGAGCGAACAAUGGGAGGUUCACCCUGCGGGACCUGCUGAUGGUGCCCAUGCAGCGGGUGCUCAAAUACCACCUCCUUCUGCAGGAGCUGGUCAAACACACGCAGGACGCGGCGGAGAAGGAGAGCCUGCGGCUGGCCUUGGACGCCAUGAGGGACCUGGCGCAGUGUGUGAACGAGGUCAAACGGGACAAUGAGACGCUGCGGCAGAUCACCAACUUCCAGUUGUCCAUCGAGAACCUGGACCAGUCUCUGGCCCACUAUGGCCGGCCCAAGAUCGAUGGAGAGCUCAAGAUCACCUCAGUGGAGCGGCGCUCCAAGAUGGACAGGUACGCCUUCCUGCUCGACAAAGCUCUGCUCAUCUGUAAGCGGCGAGGGGACUCCUACGACCUCAAGGACUUUGUGAACCUGCACAGCUUCCAGGUUCGAGAUGACUCCUCUGGAGAUCGAGAAAACAAGAAGUGGACUCACAUGUUUCUCCUGAUCGAGGACCAAGGUGCCCAGGGCUACGAGCUGUUCUUCAAGACGCGAGAACUGAAGAAGAAGUGGAUGGAGCAGUUCGAGAUGGCCAUCUCCAACAUCUACCCUGAGAACGCUACUGCCAACGGGCAUGACUUCCAGAUGUUCUCCUUUGAGGAGACCACGUCGUGCAAGGCUUGCCAGAUGCUGCUGAGAGGCACCUUCUAUCAGGGGUACCGUUGUCAUCGGUGCCGGGCACCUGCACACAAGGAGUGUCUGGGAAGGGUCCCUCCGUGUGGCCGAUAUGGGCAAGAUCUUUCAGGAACUAUGAAGAAGGAUAAGCCACAUCGCCGGGUUCAGGACAAAAAGAGGAAUGAGCUAGGCCUGCCCAAGAUGGAGGUGUGUCAGGAGUACUAUGGGCUUCCUCCACCCCCUGGAGCCUUUGGACCUUUUCUACGGCUCAACCCUGGAGACAUCGUGGAGCUCACCAAGGCUGAGGCCGAACAGAACUGGUGGGAGGGCAGGAAUACGGCUACCAAUGAAGUUGGCUGGUUUCCCUGUAACAGAGUCAAGCCCUAUGUGCAUGGUCCCCCUCAGGACCUGUCCGUUCAUCUCUGGUACGCUGGCCCCAUGGAGCGCGCAGGGGCGGAAAGUAUCCUCACCAACCGCUCGGAUGGGACGUUCUUGGUGCGGCAGAGGGUGAAGGACACCGCAGAAUUUGCCAUCAGCAUCAAGUAUAAUGUUGAGGUCAAGCAUAUUAAAAUCAUGACAGCGGAAGGACUGUACCGGAUUACGGAGAAGAAGGCUUUCCGGGGGCUGACGGAGCUGGUGGAGUUUUACCAGCAGAAUUCCCUAAAGGACUGCUUCAAGUCACUGGACACCACCCUGCAGUUCCCCUUCAAGGAGCCUGAGAAGAGAGCCAUCAGCAAACCACCAGCAGGGAGCACCAAAUAUUUUGGCACAGCCAAAGCACGCUAUGACUUCUGUGCCCGGGACCGAUCAGAGCUGUCCCUCAAGGAGGGUGACAUCAUCAAGAUCCUUAACAAGAAGGGGCAACAAGGCUGGUGGCGAGGGGAGAUCUAUGGCCGGGUUGGCUGGUUCCCCUCCAACUACGUGGAGGAGGAUUACUCUGAAUACUGCUGAGCCUUGGCACCCUGGCCGGGAGAUGAGGAACUCCAGGCUCUGAGCCCAGGAUGAGCAGGCCUCAGGGCCAGGGGGGCUGUGACCGGUCCCAGAGGGCCGAGAAUCCAGGAUAGACUGUGGAGGGCCAGUGUCCAGCUGGCAGGGCUCCUGGAUGAUGGCCUGCGUGGUUAAUUUAUAACACACUGAUUUUCUCUUGGGGCCCCUCAAGAAGGUGGGGCUCAAGGCAACAGCUUUUAAUAAAAUGAUGAAAGGAA